AUGAAGUUGUUUGAGAAAAGAGGUUUCUCGUUGAUUUCCUUAAUACUGAUUAUUAUGUUUUCAUCAUCUUUGAUAGAAGCAGCGAGAGUGAAUCUCCCCUCUACAAAUGAUGGCAAUAAUAAGAAUUCUAUAGAUGAUGAAAAACUGGUAGGCGUAUUCGUAUUCAACACGACAGUUCAAAUCUUCAACAACUUGGACAACCAGAACCAACUUACGGUUCAUUGCAAGUCUGCCGAUGUUGAUUUAGGUGCUCAUGUUGUGGCCAACAAUCAAGACUACGAGUUUGAAUUUCGAAUCAAUUUUGCAGGAACUACUUUGUAUUUUUGUGGCCUUACUUGGGUUGGCGGAACAGGAUCGUAUGACAUAUUUAAAGCAAGCAGAGAUUCCUCCAGAUGCGCCUCAAAAUGUGUUUGGAGGGCUCGUAAUGAUGGAAUUUAUGGCUACUUGGAGAGUAAAAACCAAACAGUUGCUGAUAUUAUUUACAAAUGGUCAUAA